AUGGCGGAGAAGAGAAAAAUGAUGGCUUUGGGUCAGAGUCUAUGGCGAGCCAGGGAUCAGCAGGCAGCCCCAAGACUGCCCCUAAAUCUUUGCCUAUCAGCUCCCCCAACUAACGCAAUUAAGGCAGGCGACGGGCGUUUUGGUUUCUGCAAGGGACCUUUAAAUGUGAAUGCUAGUCACUCCCAUGACGACAUCAGGCUUGUUGAUGUCAUCGAAGAGAAUGUGGAUAUCCAGUAUGGCGGCAAGUGGAAGCCAAAAUCGUGUUUCGCCAGAUACCGUGUGGCGAUCAUAAUCCCCUACAGGGAUAGACUUCAUCAUUUAGUUGUGUUGCUAGCGCACCUGCUACCAAUUCUUAGGAGACAACAGCUAGACUUUAGGGUGUUUGUUGUAGAGCAGUUCGGCAAUGAUACAUUCAACAAGGGCCGUAUCAUGAAUGCUGCCUUUAAAGAAGCGCUCAAGAUAUUUGACUUCCAGUGCGUUGUCUUCCACGAUGUAGAUCUUAUACCUGAAGAUGAUAGGAACAUGUACUCGUGUCCGUGGCAACCUCGCCACAUGUCAGUUGCUAUAGAUGAAAUGGACUAUAGGUUAAAGUACGAUAUAUUAGUUGGAGGUGUACUUAAUCUCCGUGUAGAACAUUAUCAAGAGCUGAAUGGCUACUCUAACAUGUACUGGGGCUGGGGAGCCGAGGAUGACGACAUGGCCUACAGAAUUUUACAUGUCGGUUUUAAAAUCACGAGACCACCGUCCACCAUAGCUCGGUAUAAGAUGAUCAAACAUCAGAAGCGGCGACCAACGUCCUGGCAUACGAGGUCAAAACUUCUCCACACGGCCGUGAAACGGUACAAGAUGGACGGUCUGAACAGUGUGAACUAUAAACUAAUGUUUAUUCACGACGAAAGACUGUUUACACACAUAAUGGUAGAUGUUGGAAAGCCUUGAUGACGUUUUGUGAUGUAGGUAAUUCAUGAGGCCUUCCGUCACGUGUGACCUCUCAGGUCAAGGUCAAGGUCGAGAUUGCUGGCCCUGUAGCCACAGUGAUGGCGACUAUGUUAAGGCACGAGGAAUAUGAAUGACCCAGGGAAUAAUAAUCAGGAAGGAAUGCGAUCGGAGGUCAAGGUCAAGGUCACGACCUUAAAAGAAUUGUGAAAUAUGUGACUCAUUGUGUGGUGAUAGGUGAAAUAUAUUCAUAAAGGCCUUUGCAGUAUUUUUGUGACUGACUGCCAAAUGAAAUCCUGAUAACAUAAUCAGAGACAAUUGAACUUUAUCCGGAGAAGGGGAGAUGGAUUUAGCGUGAAGAAACACAUCUGUGGGCAGAUGUACCCAUCUGGUGGAAACAAUAAGAGUAACGGCAUGUGUUAUUGGAAACGUGGACGUCACAAUCAGUGCCAGAGUGACGUCACUGCCCCCUCCUUGUGAUCAUGCCAAACAUCUCAUGCAUUUAAUUUAUUCAAACAGCUGAUCCAAUGCAAUGAACCAAAAGACUCAUUUUAUCGGUGGUGCAUACUUAUCAUAUGUUUUGUGCAACUGCAAACUUGUGCUGUGUGUGACUGUACCAGGUGUGACCGUCAUGCUCGCGUUGAUGCUACCCUGCUGGGACGUCAUCAUGAACAGUUCCCUGGUUGUGUCGAUGUAUGAAGCCAACAGCUUGAGAUGAUCACAAUAUUAUUUCGGAAAUUAAUUUAUCGGCGGUGAGGUCGGAUUGGCGAAGAGCCGGAAUUGUUGAAGACUGGUUCUUCGGUUACGUGUUAAAUAAUAUUUGGAAACAGCAUAAUCCAUUAAAAUGUGAAAAAGGAGAGGACGUGUCCUUGUUGAAAAAAAACAUACUGGAAACGUGGGUAGGUUGAUUGGUCGUUGAUCAAAAUGUUUUUCACGUUUUCUUCUUUGACGUAAUAUCAGCCUUGUCUGUUACUUCCUGUGUCCCGGACUUUCGAAUGCCAUGUACAUUUCACAACCUCCGCCACGUGAUUAUGUGACAGGAACACUGCUACCGACAACCCAGAAGAACCCUUCACACCCGAGUGAUUGGCAGGUGCGUGUUUCAAUCUGUCAGCGGCAUGCACUGUCGUUGGUGAAGACAAACAGACACAGCUGGUGGAACCGUUAUCUUCAAGUAUAUCGUCUACUUUACACAAGAUUGACAGAUGUGAAAUCAGCAUGAAUCGGUUUCAGAGCGAGAAGCUUCACUUGAGAUUUAUCUCCGUUUACCAGAAACACACUUUGAUACUUAUUUACGUUUUUCUUUCUUUUUGCGAAUGUGUGGUUUGGGUGUGACGUCAUUAUAUCAAUGUGCCAAAUUGGGGAAUGCACAGUCAAUCCUGCUUCCAAAAGUAUUUUAGUUUGUUUUUUAGUUCCAUUAUAACCAAAAUACCCGGACACAUCCACCUGGUGCAAAUAUAUAACAAGAAUCUCGAUUAUAAAUAUGUAAUCAAAUAUCUAGUCAGUAUGUUUGUUAGGAAAAAUAAAUAUAUUGUUGUUAGUAUUUUUCAUUUUAUGUAGCGGAAGGUUUAUUAAAAUUGCAAUCCAUUUUCGCAUUGACAGGGUAUAAUUUUCCAUGUUCCAACCCAAACAUUGUGGUCCGUGGAUAACGGUAUUGCUGAAUGGUAAACUGCUUAAUAAGAUUAGAUAUACUAUGUACACAGAACACACUAUCAGAAUUGAUAAAAUACACACGCUAUAACCGAAAUCUAUAUUGCUCAUAAUCUGAACUGGUAAUUGCGUCCAGAUGGUUUUCCUGUUCGGGGCAUCUGUUCAUCGUUUUCGAUGUUCUAAACCUAUCCAAAUCGAUCCCAAGCAUGUGUUAUAAUUAUAACAGUAAUGUACCCCGUGUUAUAUCGAGCGUACAAGGUGCAAGUCACGUACACGUGAAGGAAAUCGUCAUGAAACCUGCUACGGCUAUCAUUGCACCGGGAAAGGAACAUAUAUUAUAUAUUGACAAGUGGUCAGUCUUGCCAGCGAUUCCCUGGUGGUUUUACUACCAAGGAUUUUGAUCAUUUAAAUUUUGAAACUUAAUGAGCGUUCUUGCAAUAUUAACAAGUCAAAUAUCAAUAUGCCAACAACUUCUGCACAAAUUAACUUGAUUGCACCCACUAAGCUAACAAACCACUCUCUGAUAUCCUGUUUAGUGUCGGUUCAAUUGUGUACAUCGUUGCAUUAGAAUUUGCCCAUUAACAAGUAUCAUGAAACAAUACCAUGCGAAGAUUUCAUGUUAUGAAUAUUUUUUUCGGCUUUGUUAUUAGAAAAAAAAUAAUGGACUCAUCAAAGAUUCAUGAAGUGAUUCGUCAAAGAUUUGUUUUGUCAAAUAAUGCUUCUGUGUGAUCUUAUUUUUGUUAAAUCAAAGCAUUUGAGUUUGAAUUGGAAUGUAUGUGAUACGUAUACAUAUCACAUAUCGGGAUAAGUCAUUCAUGCUACAACUCAUCGACGUUGUACACAACAAGAGUCACGUGUCACGGUUGUAUAAACUGUUGUACUGGUGUUUUACCUGUGUAUUGUUGAUUGUUAUAUAUCAAACAUACCUGUGAACAAGGGAGGGCACGGAGGAUGUAUGUUAUGUUAUGUGCCUUACCGAUGACACAUGUACAUGUACAUGCGCUAUGAACACUCUCUUAUUUCAGAAUUGAUUGACAUGUGUGCUUAUGCCAAUACCACGUAGCAGGUAUAUGUGGGUGUGGCAGUAUGUUUGAUUUGAUAUUGGCAAUAUUUCACAUCAAACAAGACAACUUUACAUGUAGCCUCAAAUGAAUCACUAGAAGCAACUUUACCUGCGUGGAAAUACUGUAAUAUUAGUGAAUGAGUUAGGUUUAGCGCCGCUUUGAACAGUAUUUCGGUUGCAUCACGGCGUGUCCGCUAAAUAUGGGAAGAAACACGACGUGAUGCAGGUGUUAGACGUUUACCACUUUGGUGAAGCCCACGAGUACGGGUAUGGUGCUGACAAACCUAGAAACAUCAUUCGGGAUUUGAACCCACGAUCGUUGGUUUCUGACGUGCCCAAGGGAAUUACCUCUGCGCAGCGAAUUGCGGCCCCUGACACAACUGGGCCACCCGUCCCCCCACUCUAAUAAUCGAUUCAGCCUGGACAAGAAUUAUGAUGUUAGCGGUAUUUUGAAUCAAUCAGUGUAACAGCCAGGUCUAAUAUGUCCCCGAGAAGUAGUCUUGUCACAGCACUGUUUUCUAAGCUGGAAAUAGAGGCCGUAUCCAUUAUGCAUGGUUACAGUCAGUCAUACCUUUUAGUGAUUUGAUCGAAUCUCAUUUUCGGUGGGCAGCUUUUGAUAGACCUGCGCGAAACUCGUCGCAUCUGAUGUGAUACAGCAAUCAUUUAAAUGCUGCUUCGGAAUAUCUCUUUUGAUCGUUUCAAAUAUCUGCUGGCUAUUCAUUUGAUGGAAUUAGAAAACACAAGCAUGAUUUAACUAAAUGCUGUUGACAAUCCCUGGAGAGAGUUUCGUUUAAAUCAGUGUGAACUGUAUUUUAGAAUUCUCCUGCGGUUCUGAUGACUAGUGUAGGCGAAACGUUCAUUUUGUAUGACAGAUGAUAUUUGUUACUGUAUAUUUGUUGAUCAGAUGGUCACAAUGACAUUACAUUUAGAUCGUGUACUCCGAUAACACACCUCUCUGCGUGAUGAUAUGACAAUUUCAUUUCUCUACCACCUCGAUUCGGAAAUUUGGAACAAAAGAAAAUCAAGACCAAAAGUAUUCGUUCGAUAGUACUGCCUUUUGUAUGAAGAAUGCCAUGGCGCUCAGAAACGACAGGGUGUAGAGAAUUCUGCAUAUUAUGGCACGGCCUCUGGUAUUCACAUCGGAAGUGGUCGUUAAGGUCCGUUUACGAGAAAAAGAAAUCAGUAAUGUGGCUCCAUGCUUCGGUGACUCGAGAAUGUAGAACCCUCGACGUUGAUUAGAAGGUUCACCCGGUUGACGUGACAUAAAAUGGUUGUAAGAUCUUCACACAGAGAAAGAUCAUAUAGGAGUAAAAGAUCUGAUUUAAUAAGAUUGAUGUGAUCACAUUUUGAUACAAAAAUAGAUCUGUUUUGUGUAGAUUGUCAAUGGUGUGUAGUUAUGACUACGUCUGCCAUAUGUUCUAUACAAUCGAAACUAAAUCUGCAUAAUUUGCAAAACAUAAGUAUUAUGACUGGGUGGUCCUACCGCCCAGUGUUUAGCCAAAUCAGUAUAUCUUAGUUGUUCAGACUGUAUACCUGAUCUCAACAUCUAGGUGGACUGUUGUGUACCUCAAUCAGGAAACGUCUAUCCAAGUUAUGAUUUCAAUAUAUUCAUGAAGGUUAUGUUAGGACGAGCACUGUUUUUACAACUAUUCAUUCUCGGAAGACAUCUUUAUUGGGGUCUGUUUAACCGAGAUACCGUAGUGAGGUGACACAUUGUACACGCGAUCCAAGAAUAUUCAGCUGGGGAUGCGACAGGGUGGGCUAUUCGGGUCUUGUCUUUUGUUGGUGUCGCAUACCGGUGUUGAUAAUUGUCAGGACGAAAUACCACAGACAAAGGGUAACCCUGGUGUAUUUUGGUUAUCGUGAUAUCACUAACUAAUAAUAUGAUAUAUAUGUUUGUUAUUGUGAACUCGCUCUGUUUGAAUGACAUGGCAUUUGGUCCAAGUUGCAAUCAUGUUCAUCACGAAGGUUGAAUUGAGUGAAUGAGUGAUGGUUGUUUUACGUCGGAGUUAAUGUUACAGCUAUACCAGAGUGUCCUGUAAAUAUGGAGAUGGGCCAUGAUUGAUACGAUGCAAUACAAUAAGCCAGGUCGAAUCCUGGGACCAGAUCAUCCUAUGUCCCUUUGGCGUCAAAGACACCGCGAGUUAUCUUCUCCUUGAAUCACACAAAGAUUGGUGGGGGUAGUGGUACAUAUGAUGAUGUUUGGGUUGCUGUUCUCAUUCUUAUGUAACAUAUUUGUUUGUUUCGGAUUAAGGAGUUCUCGUUAGGAUUGCUGUAAUACACUGGUAAUUUACAAUUACAUUGUGUCACCUCAUUUCAUGUCGUGAGGUACUCGGUCCAACUCGGAAACUUCAAUGUUGACACUCAAAACUGACCCUCAAGGAAGUAUUUAUUCUUAUACAGUUCUUGAACGGCAAGUCGAUGCAUGAUCUGCUUAAUGAGUGAUGAGUUAUUCCUACCCUUUGAGUGAGUGAGUUUAGCGCCGCUUUUAGCAAUAUUCCAGCAAUAUCACGGCAGGGGACACCAUAAAUGGGCUUCACACAUUGUACCCAUGUCCUACCCUUUGAACAAUUUGCAACCAUGAACUGGCUGUUUACAGUGAACUGUACUACGCAGAAGUAGAUAAACAACACCCAAUUCAUUCAUAUUACUAUAGUUAAUUUGACUUGUACCGACGAAUUGUUUCUUGUUGAGAAUGUUCAUCGAGUUUCCAAGAAUCUGCAGUCGUAAUGGAGAAAUGAACUUUGUAGAAAGUGAAAAAACUACAAGCGUAUGUUGUUUAUGUUGCGCUUGACAGCCUCUUAUCAAACUAAAUGUAGGCGAGAUGAUUAUGUCUAGUUUGGAAGGUGUCUUGGCACGGAAUUUCUUCAGAAAAUUAUCUUAAGGACUUUAUGAGUCUCGCGUUAGUCCUGUCGCCUUUAGCCAUGGAUAUCUAUACUGAUUUAACGUUACGUAAUAUAAAUGAACAAGGGUACAGUGUGGCAUUGUUUAUUACUGAAAUAUACAGAAGUGUGGGCUGGAAUGAGUUUUGGCUUGACGGGUAUAUCUCGAGACAUAGCAUGAUGGGCGGCUUGUGUUAGACACUUGAUAGUGUCGUGAUACAGAACUAUGCAACAUUAGAACAUGUCUUUCCUAGGCAUUAUUGUAUACAGGAAUACUCUGCCCCGAUAGAACCUGUAACUCCGACUCCUCCAUGUCAUACUGCAAUAAAUCAUUCACGCACUUUA